AUGUCAACUGUUGUAAUUACUGGUCUUGAUAGUCGUACAAGUGUUGAUAUUGUUGAAAAUUUUUGUCAAAGUUAUGGUCGAAUACUUAAUUGUUAUAUAAAAUCCAAUCAAUGUACAGUAACAUUUGCAGACAAAAAUAAUGCUGAAGAAUUUAUUCGUGAAUCACCACAUCGAAUUGAUUCAAAUAGUUUUGUUAAUGCAACAUGGAAAACAACAUUCAAUAGAAAUUCUUCUCAUAAUCAACGUUUAACAACAACAACAACAACAACAACGAAUUCAAAUAGUAAUUGUCGUUUAACAAUACGUGGUACAUGUGAACAAUUAGAAGAAAAAAAUCUUAUUCGAUAUUUUUCACAUUAUGGACGUGUACGAAUGUGUUUAUCAAAUCCAUCACAAGGUUUAGCUACGAUAACUUUCGAUGAUCGAAUAAGUUAUGAACGUGCAUUAAAAGAAUCAAGACAUUUUCUUAAUGGACGUUCAUUAAUUGUUGAAACUUAUACAUCAAUUGAUGAAUUACAAUCAAAUAAACGUAUGAAAUUAUCUGAUCCGAGUGAAUCAACAUCAUCUUUAUUAAUAUCACAAUUAGAACAUGAAAAAGAACAAUCAUUAAAUGAACGAAUACAUCUUGAAAAUCAAUAUCAAGAACGUAUUAAAUUAUAUGAAUAUGAAAAAUUACAAUGGAAUGAAUAUAUAACAAAACAACAAAAUGAAUUUAAUCAACAAAUUGGACAUUAUCAAUAUUUACUUAAACAAAGUUUAGAUGAAAUAAUAAAUAAAGAUAAACAAAUAGAACAAUUAAAAAAAGAAAAUAAAGAUAUUGAUGAUCUUCUUCGUCAAAGUGUACAUGAUAAUGAACAACAACAAAUUCAUAUAAGAAAACGUGAAGAAAUACAUAAUCAAACAAAAAGAAAAUAUGAAGAACUUUAUAAAGCUUACAUGAAAUUAAAAGAUAAUUGUGCUAUUCAACGAAAUAUAGAAAAAGAUUCAAUUAGUAUAAAAAAUCCAACAUCUAGUACAAAUUUAACUAUUAAUAAACCCAGAUCAACUAUAGAUGAUGUUAGAAAAAAGUAA